AUGGUGGCGUUGACGGCGGUGACGGCGGUGAUGGUGGCGGUGACGGCGGUGAUGGUGGCGGUGACGGCGGUGGCGGUGGCAGUGGUGAUGGAUGCGAGCGCCGUGAAGAGGGAGGUGUGUUCUGGACCAGAGGGAGGUGUGUUCUGGACCAGAGGGAGGUGCGUUCUGGACCAGAGGGAGGUGUGUUCUGGACCAGAGGGAGGUGCGUUCUGGACCAGAGGGAGGUGUGUUCUGGACCAGAGGGAGGUGUGUUCUGGACCAGAGGGAGGUGUGUUCUGGACCAGAGGGAGGUGUGUUCUGGACCAGAGGGAGGUGCGUUCUGGACCAGAGGGAGGUGUGUUCUGGACCAGAGGGAGGUGCGUUCUGGACCAGAGGGAGGUGCGUUCUGGACCAGAGGGAGGUGUGUUCUGGACCAGAGGGAGGUGUGUUCUGGACCAGAGGGAGGUGCGUUCUGGACCAGAGGGAGGUGUGUUCUGGACCAGAGGGAGGUGUGUUCUGGACCAGAGGGAGGUGCGUUCUGGACCAGAGGGAGGUGUGUUCUGGACCAGAGGGAGGUGCGUUCUGGACCAGAGGGAGGUGUGUUCUGGACCAGAGGGAGGUGCGUUCUGGACCAGAGGGAGGUGUGUUCUGGACCAGAGGGAGGUGCGUUCUGGACCAGAGGGAGGUGUGUUCUGGACCAGAGGGAGGUGUGUUCUGGACCAGAGGGAGGUGCGUUCUGGACCAGAGGGAGGUGCGUUCUGGACCAGAGGGAGGUGUGUUCUGGACCAGAGGGAGGUGCGUUCUGGACCAGAGGGAGGUGUGUUCUGGACCAGAGGGAGGUGCGUUCUGGACCAGAGGGAGGUGCGUUCUGGACCAGAGGGAGGUGCGUUCUGGACCAGAGGGAGGUGUGUUCUGGACCAGAGGGAGGUGCGUUCUGGACCAGAGGGAGGUGUGUUCUGGACCAGAGGGAGGUGUGUUCUGGACCAGAGGGAGGUGCGUUCUGGACCAGAGGGAGGUGCGUUCUGGACCAGAGGGAGGUGCGUUCUGGACCAGAGGGAGGUGCGUUCUGGACCAGAGGGAGGUGUGUUUCUGGACCAGAGGGAGGUGUGUUCUGGACCAGAGGGAGGUGCGUUCUGGACCAGAGGGAGGUGUGUUCUGGACCAGAGGGAGGUGCGUUCUGGACCAGAGGGAGGUGCGUUCUGGACCAGAGGGAGGUGCGUUCUGGACCAGAGGGAGGUGUGUUCUGGACCAGAGGGAGGUGCGUUCUGGACCAGAGGGAGGUGUGUUCUGGACCAGAGGGAGGUGUGUUCUGGACCAGAGGGAGGUGCGUUCUGGACCAGAGGGAGGUGUGUUCUGGACCAGAGGGAGGUGCGUUCUGGACCAGAGGGAGGUGUGUUCUGGACCAGAGGGAGGUGUGUUCUGGACCAGAGGGAGGUGUGUUCUGGACCAGAGGGAGAGCAGACCCUCAGAGCAGACCCCAAGAGCAGACCCCAAGAGCAGACCCUCAGAGCAGACCCUCAGAGCAGACCCUUAGAGCAGACCCUCAGAGUAGACCCUCAGAGCAGACCCUCAGAGCAGACCCUCAGAGCAGACCCCAAGAGCAGACCCCCAGAGCAGACCCUCAGAGCAGACCCUUAG